AGGAAGAAGAACAACAACCGGCAAGCAUCGCUCCUGGUGGCUGAACACAAAGACAUGAGAAAAUGCUCAGUCUUACUGGUGGAAAAUAACACUUCUGUAAGCUAAAGACACCUAAACUGUGCACAGUGUCUGUUUGGACGUCACCACCCACAGGAAACGACGAGUUAGCUCGACAGGAGGUAACAAACGCAAACAAGCUGCGCUAACGUUCAAAUUUAGCUAACUAGCGGACUUGUGCUACACCGACAUGGCCACUAACACUCCGGGACAAGCCUUCCAAAACAAGACCCGUGUGGCUAUCCUGGCCGAGCUGGACAAAGAGAAGAGGCGGCUCCUGCAGAGCCAGUCCAUGAACAGCCCGGGGGCCAGCAUCCCGCUGUCGCGGCCCGGGCUGAAGGAGUUCCGGGACAGCGCCGAGCAGCAGCACAUCGCCGCGCAGCAGAAGGCGGCGCUGCAGCACGCGCACGUGCACUCGUCCGGCUUCUUCAUCACCCAGGACUCCUCUUUUGGAAACCUCAUCCUCCCCGUGCUGCCGCGCCUCGAGCCCGGUGACCUCUGACCCUGUGCCCGGACAUCCCAGCGGGCACACUGAGACAAACAUUCAGAUCACCUCCGCUGCGCACUGUGUGUUGUAAAAACUUGUGUUGUAUUCCUUAAGCUCCUCAGCUCAGACUGAUCCACAUUCAUGCUGAGUAAUGAGCUUGCUGCUGAACUGUGCUGGGGCAGACAACCCCACUAUUAACAGAAAUGUCACUUGUAUUGCAUUUGUUACUGAAUUUAUUGAAAAUAUUAAAAUAAAGUAUUUAAAUAUACACGUUCAAA